AUGAUUCGAAUUGGAUGUAUAUUUAAUGCUAUUGCAGCAGGAGGUUUCAUGUCACUCGAAUAUGUUAACUCAGUGUAAAUAUUCCAUAACUCUAAAUUUUCAGUCCAAUUUUCUUGGGCAUUGGAUUUUGUUCAAGAAUUAUUCAAGGGGUUGCUACUGGAUUGGUUCGGUUCUGUGGUUGGUUUACUUAUUUCCUCUUUCUUGUCUUAUUUAGUAGGCUAUCAAGGACCAUUCGCCUUUUGCGAAAAGGUGAUGAAGUAAAGGAAAAAAAGUAUGGUUAUGAAUAAAGAAAUGGUUAUUGGAUUUUAAGCAAAUGAUUUCUACUAAAUACAGAAUGAUGACUUCGAAAUUAUGAGAAAUAAUUAAAUAGUAGAAAUUGAACUAUCAGAUAAAAAUGGAAAGAAGUAGAAAGAGGAAACUGUUUUUAAGUUAAGAUCCAAAAUUGAAAGAGUCGACACUGAGAAUGAUCUAGAUGAUAAAUCAAUAAAUGUAGAUAUUGUUAAAGACAUAGAAGAUAGUCCAAGAGCAGAGAGUCUUAUGAAUAAUUCUGGACUGAUCAUUGAUGAUCAAAAUGAUAAGUUAGAGACUAGUAUUCCAAAAGAUAGAGUUCACUAUCUACAUAUAUUAUAGUCUCCACGAGGUCUCAUGGCAUGUCUAGAUAUUAUUUUAUGCUGCUAAAUGUUCACUUUUUGCGACACAAGUCUCCCUUACUAUCUUGAGGAGGAGUUUGGAUUUAAUCCAAGUAUAGUUUGCUUGGUUUUUGUAGCUCAGAGUAUAGCCUUUGUAAUUACUUGCUUAUUUGCGUCUAAACUUACCAAAAGAUUCAAUUUGAUGUUGUGCAUUAUUAUCGCUUAAGUAAUUUAAGGAGUAUCUGCUCAGCUCAUUGGUCCAAACUAAAUGAUUCAAUUGCCAAAGCUCUAUUGGCUUACUAUAUUGGGACUCUUGAUUAACGGAGGUGCCAGUUCUAUGACUAUUAUACCACCAUAUAAAUAACUUGAAAUCGCCUUAUUUGAAUUUAAAGGCAAAAAUUUUGAUCAUGAGGCUAUUAAAGACACUGUCUCUGGUGGCUUUAAUGCUUUGUAUGAUUUAGGAGCUACUACUGGUCCUGUCUUUGGAUAUUAUGUUACAGCUUUGACAGAUUUCACCUUCACAUCUAACCUGCAAGGCUAUUUGCUAUUUUUUGUAUCAUUGAUUUAGCUUUUGUUCUUUUAUAUCCCAGAAAAGCUGGAGGAAAAUAGAAAUAAAGUAAUAAAGAUUAAACCUACUACAAUUGCUUCAGAAUAAAAUUUAAGAGAAUAAGAUAUUAAGCGAUUGUAAUAAAGAAUGAAAGAUUAAAUUGAUCGCUAAAUAAAUAUGACAUAAUGA